AUUUUUGCUUCUGUCCACUCUAACAUUCGACCUUGCCAUCAGCUGUUGGAGAGCAUAUUGAAUGGCGUUUCAACUGAUAGGUGGUAAAAUGUGUACUGAUAGCUAUAACUAAAACUAAUUAGUGAUUAAAUGAAUUAGUGCGUUGUAAUUGGCCGCUCAAAAUGUGGCGCUAUCUAUUUGUAUCCAGUUGUGUUGUCGCGCUAACGUUAGCAGCGAGCAGCGAUGUAUCGUACUUUCCGAAUAGCUGCGAUAAACUACAACAUAUAUUCCACUUGACCAAAGAUCUGCCCACCGGUCAGCACUGUCCACAAUCAAUAGCUAAAUUGCGAAACACCAUUUAUCUGCUUUACGACGUAAAUCCGCCGGAGGGUUUCAAUUUACGUCGCGAUGUCUACAUACGUUUAGCGGUAUUCGUACGUCAGUUAGCAAGUCGGGAGCCUUUCCAAAAUAUACGUUUAGUGCUGCCACCCUGGCGUCGGCUAUAUCACUGGAAAUCGAGUCAUCUGGAACAGCAUAGCCUCCCCUGGGAACUGUUUUUCGAUGUUGAAAGUAUGCGACGUUAUGCACCUGUGCUUGACUUUCCAGAAUUUUUAGAGGAGAUAGCACAGUUCGGUUUGCAAGAACCACCCUAUGUGCAGGUACAAAAGGUGUUCCAACUGCUGAACUUUGAGGACAUGUUUGAGCAAGGCGUGUUUCAUGAAAAAUUCCAAUUCGAGCACGAUUGCCGCAAAGAACAGUAUCUGCACGGCUAUCUCUUACAACAGCCUAUGCUGCUAGAUAACGAUUUCGCUUGUGUGCGUUAUCAAGGGAGCGUGAACUUACUGGAACGUGUGCUACGUCAUGAAUUGAAAAAUAACACAGCGCCGAUGGCGAAUGAUGUCAAAGUGUAUGCCAUACUCAACGCUGAGAUUGUGCUGCACGAUCAGUGGGGCGACCGAGAAUUCUGGCGCGCACGCCGAUCCAUGCGCUUUGCCGAACCACUGCAAGCAAUAGCUGAGGAGUAUCGCGAGCGUAUACUAAAGUCAGAUAAAGCGAUUGAGCGUAUACAGCGACCGCCCAUGUGGGAGUCUGAACGCGAAUACCAGCAAGCACUUGGUGGCGACUAUUUGGCCGUACACUUUCGACGCGGCGAUUUUGUGCAUUGGCGACAAAAAUCCACGCCCACACUGAAGUCCGCGGCCACACAAAUACGCGCACAAUUGCAAUUACUCAAUCUGACCACGGUCUACAUAGCCACCGACACCACCGCCAUGGAGUUAACCAACCUGAAGGCGUACUUGCAGCGCAUACGCGUGCGUCGCUUCACACCGGAGUCGUUGACUCAAAAAGCGCUCAUCAAGGAUGGCGGCCUGGCAAUUGUGGAUCAAAUAAUAUGUGCGCAUGCGCGACACUUCAUGGGCACAUUUGAGAGUACAUUUACCUAUCGCAUAUAUGAGGAACGCGAAAUAUUGGGCUUUCCCCAACACACCACCUUUAAUACGCUCUGCAAGUAUGCAACGCUGGAAGAUUGCGAAAAGAAUUCGGUUUGGUCGAUAGUCUACUAACAAAGUGGGUUGGAAAGGUGGCGAAGUGGUUUGAAAAAGCAUUUAAUUUCUAGUUGAAAUAGACUUUUGUACUUCACGGCUUGUUGGGCGGCUCUGCUGGCGCCAGCGGCUGACUGGCUAUUUACUUAAGUUACUAAAGUGGCAUGUGGCAUCGUAGUUUUAAGUUCACUAAAGCUAUUGGUAUCUUUUGUAACAUUUAUAACAUAACAAACAUUUCAUUGCGCUUUCAUGGAAUUCGUAAGAAGCUCAAAUACUCGUUAAUUAAUAAAAAAUACUAAAAAAAAGUAUGUAUAUAUAAUUGCUAUGUUGUUUGAAUAGCAAAAGCACUACUUUCUACUCAAGUUGUUCAAAGCACCGCUUUAGGUGCAAGCACUACUCGAAUAUCAUUAAAUCAUAACAAAAAUCAACGUUUUUUCGGUAUUCCUGUUUUUAUUUUCUGAGGUAAACUUUAUUACUUAUGUAUUUAUCUGUUUCAAUCUGAAAAUUUCAAAAAUGUUUGUUAGCUUUAUUUUGCUUAUAUGUCUAAUAAUAAUAUAGGAAAUGCUACUUAUAAACAUUUAGUAGUUUGAAUAAUUAAAAAAUUUAAAUUUUCUCUGUUCAAUAACAAUUGUAUGUAUGAAUGUAUGCUUUUCAAAAAUGGUUAAUAUUUAUGGUUUAAUUUUUGUUUUUUACUUUCUUAGAAACAUUAUUCAACUAACAGUUUAAUAUUUGCAUUGUUUUAUUGAUAUUUAACUUGUAUAAUAUUGUGAUAAUGUUUAUUAAUUGUCUAUUUAUUAAAUGUAGUCGCCAACAAACUGCUUUCACAUUG